CACUCAAAUCCCCACAAGGUAAAUCUAAAAUCAAGACCGAAUUGGGACCGGACCGGGUCAAGACCAGACCGGAUCAAGACCGGACUGUAUCCAAUCCAAUCUUUGGUCCUUAUAUUCCCGAAAUGACCGAACUGGGUGCAGAUCAAUUCAGGCCAAUUUAACCGGACCAGACCGUAUAGCCACCCCUAUAGCGAAGUUGUGGUUUGGUGUGAUUUAGGGAAGUACUAUAUCUCGUAUGUUUCAAUGAGCUUGUGGUCCGUUUAAAAAAAUAUGUACUUAGCAUUGAGUUUCUAGUAUGUUUUAUAAUUUUUUUGGUUUUAUGGAAUUCGUCCGUUUCAAUGAGCUUGUGGAGCCUUUUUAGAGGAGAUCGUGCAUUAUUUCGCGAUUCAUAGUGGACUUAGUGAACGAUUUUGUAGGUCGGCGUAGUAAUAGGGGUAGCCCUCUUAGUGGCUAGAAAGUCCCUUCAAUUGUACUCGACUGCGCGUCUCUUCCUUGAUUUUAUGGUCGGGUUGAAUUUCAAGAUGUAAUUAUUAUUUUUUCUGAUGAAUAUGAUUAUCUUUUAUAUAAAAAAUUAAAAGGUCCACCAUCAAUAGUGAUGACAAUUGAACAUGAAUCUAUGGGUAGUCAAUUAAAUAUAACUUCGAUUGAAACUGAUAAAAUCCAGUGUUGACAUGUUUUGUGUAGAGUGCAAGUUUUAUCCACCUUUGAACUUAGCAGGUUGAGUUUGCAUGAUUUUUUUGCCAAAAAUCAACUCACUUUCCACCCUAUCCAAACCCAAAUCGUAAAAUGAUAUCGUUUUGUUUCUAACACUAAUAAUAUGAGUAAUUUGUGGAUGUUAUUAGUUUUAUGGGAAUAUCUCCCUAAUAAUAUGAAUGUUAUUAGUGUUUGAUGUGGAAAUAUUUGUAGAAUUGUUUUCCAUAAUAUUACGAGGUAGAUAUUACGAUAAAUUAUCUGCGAUUACGAAACGACUGUGAAUCAUUGAUAUCCAUACAUCAAUGGGUGGUACAUUAAAUUGAAUUGCAGAGAAUGUUACGGCUACAAUCCGCAUAAAUUGAAUUUGAGUUUAGAAAAACUCUAUCUAACUCGAUCCUGCCAUCCCUAACCACCAGUCUUAGUUGUUCACCUACAUUAACAACUUAAUUUGCUUCGUUCUCUCCCAUUCCCUUUCAAUGGAAAAUUGUAAAGAAAGAGGAAAACCCCCAGGAUCAAUUUGAUAAAAUGGGGGAAAAAUGGCUCACUCGCGGUCACUUAAAUAUUAUAGGUCUCUCAAAAUUUUCUCCAAUUGAAGAUGGGAGCCGUGAGGUACUCCGUCAUUUCUGGGUUCUACUCUCCGACACUAGGCGCAGAACAAGCCUAUGUGUGAUAAUAGUUUCUGGCUUUCUGCCCCUUUUCCUCUAAAUCAUUUCUCUCCAGGUAAGCUACUAGUCAACCAAGUCAAGGCGGGAUUGCUGCCUUCAUCGGCCGCAAAUUGAUUCUCCCAAAAUGAGAUCAACCGGAGUAGCCGGCGGAGCAUCUGCCGGAGUUGGCGGAGGAGGAACCGGCGGCGCCACUUCCCCUGGUUCCGUCGAGCCCAGACACCGUCUCUCUUCUUCCUUGUCAAUGGGAGAAGACAGCCCGAGAAGAAGGUUCUUGAGGGGCAGAAAUUUCAGAGAUGUAGAGAAGGCCUUCCAUGUUCCUGCACAGUACCGGAACCUCACCUGCAAGACAUCUACCCUCAAAUUUGUGCUGCUGAUUAUCGCUUUGGGCACAUUGGUCACUCUCUACCGUUCUCCUCCAGUUCAUGUUGCUGAUUACCCUUCCCAUUUGGUUCAGCAAUCGAAUAUAGUUCAGCAUUGGAUUGAAGAGGAUGCAGCUGUAGAUUCUCGUUACAUCUCGACUGCAGAAGUUGACUGGGACCACAUCUCAAACAUUUUCGACAAGCUAAAUGAUACAAACCAGUACCAGGGAAUUGGUUUGUUGAACUUCAACACCAGUGAGGUCAAAACUUGGAAGCACUUUUUACCAGAUGUUGACCAUGUGGUUCUUCACCUGGACCAUGUUGACAAGGACCUAACUUGGGAAUCCCUCUAUCCUGAGUGGAUAGAUGAAGAAGAGGACUUCAAAGUUCCAACUUGCCCUAAUAUACCCAAAAUCAAAUUCCCAGGGAAACCACGUCUCGAUAUUGUUGCUGUGAAGCUUCCUUGCAACAAGUCAGGUGGAUGGUCGAGAGACGUCGCUAGUUUGCAUUUGCAGCUUGCUGCAGCAAGUCUUGCUGCUUCGGGCAAAAGUUACCAUCCUGUGCGCGUGAUCUUGGUUACUGACUGCUUGCCCGUUCCAAAUUUGUUCACUUGCAAGGAUCUGAGUCUCCGCGAGGGCAAUGCAUGGCUCUAUGAACCCAACCCACAUCUCUUAAGACAAAAGACACAACUGCCGGUGGGUUCGUGUGAACUUUCUGUUCCUCUCAAUGCUAAAGAAAAUUUACACUCUGAAAGACCACAUCGAGAAGCGUAUGCAACAAUUUUGCACUCUGCACAGUUCUAUGUGUGUGGAGCCAUUGUUGCAGCUCAGAGCAUUCGCAGGGCAGGCUCAACGAGAGAUCUUGUGAUACUUGUUGAUGAAACAAUUAGCGACUACCAUAGGGGAGGACUAGAAGCUGCAGGGUGGAAAGUCCAUACAAUCAAAAGAAUAAGAAACCCAAAAGCUGAACCAGAAGCCUACAACGAAUGGAACUACAGUAAAUUCCGACUCUGGCAGUUGACUGAUUAUGACAAGAUCAUCUUCAUUGAUGCCGACAUGCUUAUACUAAGAAACAUCGACUUCCUGUUCGAGAUGCCGGAGAUCACCGCCACAGGGAACAAUGGCACCCUGUUCAACUCCGGUGUGAUGGUGAUAGAACCAUCCAACUGUACAUUCCAGCUGCUAAUGGAUCAUAUAAACGAGAUCGUGUCCUACAAUGGGGGAGACCAGGGGUACCUCAAUGAGAUCUUCACAUGGUGGCACAGGAUCCCAAAGCACAUGAACUUCUUGAAGCACUUUUGGGAAGGCGACGAGCAGGAAAUCAAGCAGAAGAAAGUCCGCCUCUUCGGAGCUGACCCUCCGAUCCUCUACGUUCUUCAUUACCUCGGCACGAAGCCAUGGCUGUGCUUUAGGGACUAUGACUGCAACUGGAAUGUGGACAUCUUGCAGGAGUUUGCCAGUGAUGUUGCACACAGGACUUGGUGGAAGGUUCACGACGACAUGCCGGAUAACUUGCAGAAGUACUGCCUGCUGAGGUCGAAGCAGAAGGCGGCAUUGGAAUGGGAUCGAAGGCAAGCCGAGAAGGGUAAUUACACAGAUGGUCAUUGGCAGAUCAAGAUAAAAGACGAGAGGUUGACGACUUGCUUCGAAGAUUUCUGUUUCUGGGAAAGCAUGUUGUGGCACUGGGGUGAGAAGAACUGGACGGACAAUGCAACAACGACUACUCCUCCAGCAGUGCCUGCUACCAUUGCUACCAAAUCUCUGUCUUCUCUGUGAUUUUUGGGUUCUAUUUGUUGGUUCAUUAUUAUACUAGAGAGAGAUAUGUUUACUUGUAGAUGAAGAAACAUAACCUUGGAAGUUCAUUAUAUAGGAGUUGAGGUGCCAGUAAUAGCAGAUAACAAUUUUCUCUGAAGUCAUUUUGUCAGUCUGAGGGCCUCUAUUCCUUUUAAAUUUCAGUUGGAAGGGAAGGACCCAUUUGCUAAUCUUUACAAAGUUUAGCUGCCAAAACGCAAUUGACCUCUUCGGCAUAUAUAUAUUAUAUAUUAUUUGAAUAACAAAUAAAUUUCCACGUC